AUGUACAGCGCACUGCCCUGGAUGUUUCACAUUCCUUUAUCCUUUCUCCCCACAACUUCUCCAGGCUUCUCAGCACCCUACUUGGAGGAUCCUCUCGGAGGCCAAGGUCACAACCUCGAUGGUGCCAUUCUGCCCUUUCCUCUCCGUGCGGGCUUUAAGCAGCAAGCUCUUACAGUAUCCACAGAUCCAGAGCAUCGCUUCGAACUUGCUCUUCAGCUUGGAGAACUGAACAUUGCAUACCAAUUAGCAGUAGAAGCAGAGUCAGAACAAAAGUGGAAACAACUUGCCGAACUUGCCAUCAGUAAAUGUCAGUUUGGCCUUGCCCAGGAGUGCCUGCACCACGCGCAGGAUUAUGGGGGUCUGUUGCUCUUGGCCACUGCCUCCGGAAAUGCUAGUAUGGUGAACAAACUAGCAGAGGGUGCGGAGAGAGACGGCAAGAAUAACGUGGCAUUCAUGAGCUACUUUUUACAGGGCAAGCUUGAUGCUUGCCUGGAACUCUUGAUUAGAACUGGCCGACUGCCAGAAGCUGCCUUCCUGGCCCGGACUUACUUACCCAGUCAGGUUUCAAGGGUGGUGAAACUCUGGAGAGAAAAUCUUUCAAAAGUUAAUCAGAAAGCAGCAGAAUCCCUUGCCGAUCCAACAGAGUAUGAAAACCUUUUUCCUGGAUUAAAAGAAGCCUUUGUUGUGGAAGAAUGGGUGAAGGAAACACAUGCUGAUCUGUGGCCAGCCAAGCAAUACCCACUUGUCACGCCAAAUGAAGAAAGAAAUGUUAUGGAAGAGGCAAAAGGCUUUCAGCCCUCAAGAGCUGCAGCUCAGCAGGAACUUGAUGGGAAACCUGCUUCUUCUACUCCAGUUACUGUGGCCUCCCACACAGCCAACAAAGAAGAAAAGAGUUUACUCGAACUGGAAGCUGAGCUGGAUAAUUUGGAAUUAGAAGAUAUUGACACAACAGACAUCAACCUAGAUGAAGACGUUUUGGAUGAUUGAGUAUAAUGUUUCUUGAGAACCCAACUACACAGAUCAUUAUUAUGGACAGGUAUUGACUGCCACCCUGACCACAGUGUUUUGGACUCCGAGAAUCUCCUUAGAUUUUUAUAUGAAAAGCUGUAUGUGGCCCACUGGGAGCACAGUGCUCUUCUCAUCUUAGGAGUGGCUUAUGUGCAGCAUCUAGAUCACUGUUUCCUUAAGUAAACCAAAUGUGGGCUUUGAUUUUUUUCAUACUGUCAUUAGACCGUAUCUCAUAAAAUCUUUUGAAUUAAUGAAAAUACUUGAAAGUUUGCUUUCUAAAUAAUGAAAAUAAGCUUCUAGUUUUAGAAGGCUGAACCAAACUACACCUCAUCUAGGGAUCAGCUCACAUUCUCUUAACCCUUCUUCAUCACGUUCCCUCUCCCCACCCCAGGUUUAUAUACUUGGGUUUUUAUGCCUCACCCUGAUUUUGUCUAAUAGUUACCUGCUUCUCAAAUCAGAAUCUGAAACCCAGCUCCUCUGACCUUGUUAAGCUGGCCUGUUUAAACUACCUGUUUGGUAAUACAGAAAGAUACAAUUACUUUUUCUGAUCUUUUACAGUGCACCUGUCUGAUCAGAGAAAUUUAUAACCAGGCACUCAGCAUCCCCUUGUAGCCUAGGAAAAUAGGUUUUCUUUGUUUGUUAGAGGCACUGUUAAAAAACAAUUUUUAUAUAGAGAACUCCCAUCAGUACUUUUAAUUUUGACAUUCUUAAACAUUCAGCUCAGCUUUAACAGAGAAAAGCAAGUUAUAAUAAAAUGAAAUUUAUUUUAAAAAA